AUGAUGAUCCUCACUCAAGGCUUCCCGUCCAAACGGCUACGCUGCCCACUCCGAGCCAAAACCCUCUCUCGACCAUCCGCUUCACUCCACACCUUCUUCUCUUCUUCCACCCACCCACUUUCCCCUCUUCAAUUCUCCCACCCUUCCUUCAUUCUCUGUUUCUUCUUCGACUCUGUCUCCACCACAUCGAUCCCUUCCGAGACCUCUUCAUCCGGCUCACCGCGUGCCGUCGCUGAACGAUACCGCCCUACGCUCUUUCGUGUAGACAUUCCCUUGGCCGUCUUUUCCAAUUUACACUGCGCUGUUGCUGUCGUGAAGGUGACAGCUUAUCGUGAAAGCCUCGCCUACCUCACUUCCUUACUCUUACAUCUGGACCCGACCACCCGUCCCUUCUCUGCCCGUGCGACCCCCAUCAGUCAUCCCCCGCCGUGUAUCGCAUUGUGGCUUUUUCCAAUCGCCGGCGCCUCUGAACUAUACUCUCUGGAUCGUUCAUCACCCGCAGUCGACCUGAGGUUCUCCUCUGAUAUAGUUGCUUGGAUUUGA